AUGCUUUUCACUUCGCUCUCUACGGCGUUGUCCGCCCUCGCACUCUUCACAGCUUCGACCAAUGCUUUGCCACGGCCAGGAGGCAAGCCUGCCACCUACGCUCCUGCUAGUGAUCUGAGCAAGCUCGCCAAGUUGAUGCCUACAAGCGCUCUGCCUGUUCCUGACGGUCAACUGAAAUAUGUUGUUCUCGGUAUCGGAACACAGAACUACACCUGCUCAACUGGUAACCCCGAUGCUGCUCCAGGAACCACAGGUGCACUUGCUACACUAUACGACAUCGGCACCAAGCUCAACGACGACCCAAUGGCGAAGUGGAAGAUCCCCUCCCUCUCCCCUCUCGCUCUUGCUCUGAGCAACUACCCCACCACGAUGGAAUGGAGCCUCAAAUCCCAAGGCUACGACCACCACAUCGGCACCCACCUCUUCAAAAUGCUGGGUACUACCAACACACCUACCUUCGCCUUCGACCAGCUCGCCAUGACCCCCUACCCCCAGGCUCAGGUCGGCAAGCUCAACGAUACUCCCGCGCCGGAGAAUGCGUGCCCUGGCCUUACGGGCGAGGGAGCCGUCAAGUGGCUGUAUCUCAAGGACACCAAGGGUCUGUCUCAGGGUGGUAUCAACACCGUGUACCGCCUUGAGACUGCGGGAGGAUCUGCGCCUGCGACGUGCAAGGACAUGCCGCAGACUUUUGAAGUCAAGUAUGCUGCGCAGUGUAAGUUCACUUCUCGACAUAGCACCGUACUUGAGUUUUAA